AUCCAUUGGCCAAUAAAAUACAUCGUCGAGUAUUGAAUUAAAGAUGGCUACGCUGCCGUCUCCAACACAGGUGGCUGGAAGCCACAAUGCGUUAUUUGAAGCGUAUUGGAAUCAGGUUGAUCCAAAUGGAUCUGGUACAGUUGGUGCAAUUGCUGCAGCGCGUUUCUUAAAACGAUCUGGUCUUAGCGAUGUAGUAUUAAGUCGUGUAUGGGAUCUAUCGGAUCCCGGUGGUCGUGGAUGUUUAGAUAAAGCUGGAUUUUUUGUUGCAUUAAAAUUAGUAUCGAUAGCACAGAUGGGCAAAGAUUUAAAUAUGAUAAAUGUAGCAUUAGAAACACCCCCACCUAAAAUGGGUGAUCCACCACCAAAAUUAAUGCCACCAUCAAAACCACCACCGCCAUCGAUAUCUCCAACACCACCCACUCCACUGAUAACAGCAUUACCACCAACCACAGGAGAUUGGUCCAUAAAACCAUCUGAGCGUGCUAAAUAUGAUCAAUUAUUUGAUUCGUUACAACCAUUAAAUGGAAUGAUACCGGGUAACAAGGUGAAGGGUGUAUUAAUGGAAUCAAAAUUACCAUUAGACACAUUGGGUAAAAUUUGGGAUUUAGCUGAUAUUGAUAAAGAUGGAAUGUUGGAUCGACAUGAAUUUGUUGUUGCAAUGCAUUUAGUAUAUAAAGCAUUGGAAAAGCAUGCAAUACCAGCAACAUUACCUCAAGAAUUAAUGCCUCCAAAUAAAAAAAUAACAAAUAAUUCGCCUUUAACUACAAUCAAUACAAGCACAAUAAGAGCACACCCUCCGCCAGGUCGACCAAUGGUACCCCCGAUGCAAGCAUCACCCUUAAUACCAUUAUCAACAACUCAAUCGGAUCAAAUACAACCGUUGCAACAACAAGUUAUACAACCAUUACAGCAACAAGUUAUACAACCGUUACAACAACAGCAACCACCAGUAAUACCUAUAAUACCAUGGGUGGUGAAUAAUGAGGAUAAGACUAAAUAUGAUGCAAUGUUCCUAAAAGCUGAUGUGGAUCAAGAUGGCUACGUUAAUGGAUUUGAAAUUAAGGAUGUAUUUUUACAAUCUGGAGUGCCACAACCAAUAUUAGCACAUAUUUGGGCUCUAUGCGAUAUAAAACAAACUGGUAAAUUAAAUAAUGAACAAUUUGCACUUGCUAUGUGGAUGGUGAAUCGAAAAUUAUUGGGUGUUGACCCGCCACCAGCCUUAUCUCCAGAUAUGGUACCACCAAGUAUGAGACCUGGUGGUAGUGAGAAUUCAACACACGUGGAACAACCAACAGUUACACCAUAUUCAAAUCCCGAAUUAGAUAUGAUUAGUAAAGAUAUUGAGGAAUUGGCAAAAGAAAAAUUAAUUUUAGAAACGGAUAUUGCACAAAAAGAGGCUGAUAUUAAAAUUAAAGGCGGUGAAAUUAAAAGUCUACAGAGCGAAUUGGAUACGUUAACAGCGGCAUUAAAACAGUUAGAAAAUCAAAAAGGUGAAGCGCAAAAACGUUUAAAUGAUUUGAAAACACAGCGUGCUGCUGUAGACACUGAACUUGCUGACGUCCUAGCGCUUAUAGAAGUUGCUCAAGAUGAGGUGGAUAAAUUAAGAAUACAAGCCGAAGAACAGGAGAAUACUUUACGCAGUCAAGAAAGUGAAGUAUCGAAGAAACGUGAACAAUUAGAAAGUAUUCGUCAAGAGCAGGCUCAAUUAGAAAUGAAAAAGAAUGAAAGCAGUCGUAAAUUAAAUAAUUUAGCCGAAACAUUAGCUGAUACACAAUUGCAAAUUAGUCAGGCAAAAGCCAAAAUAACACAAUUACAAGAGCAACAAAGACUUAUGAAAGAUGCCAUAAAUGCAUGCGAUUAUGCAAUAGAGAAUUCAAAUCCAUCAUUAGUACCAGACACUUCGUUACGAAUUACACCAGAAUUUCGUGAUCCAGAAUUUACACGUGUGGCACCAAUACAAAAACAAACAAAUGAUAACACUUCGUCAAUUAAUACCUCAAAUACCAAAGCAGAUCCAUUUAGCAAUCAAAAUGGACAUACGAAUACCUCAGGAUUUGAUGAUGAUCCAUUUAAAUCAGAUCCUUUCAAAAGCACAAAUAAUUCAAAUUCAGCAUUUGAAUCAAAUGAUCCAUUUGCGUCAUCGUUUAGUAAAUCAGAUGGUUUUGGAUCAGAUCCUUUUGCUGCAUCGUUUGGGGGAGGUAAUUCAAAUAAUAAUGGAAAAGUGGAUCCAUUUGAUCCAUUUGGCGACAAAAGUAGAGCUAAUGCAAAAUCACCUGCAGUUGAUAGCGAAAAAGAUCCAUUUGGUUGUGAUCCAUUUGCCAUAUUACAUGCACCCACACGUGACAGUGUACCACCUGGACGACCAACAAGCCCAAGUCCAGCGUUACCACCUAAAGUUAAAGGUAAAACUCCACCACCAAGGCCAGCCCCACCAAGACCAUUACAAGGUCCAACCGGGCGAAUGUCAAAUGCAACAACACCAGAUCCAUUUUCGGCGCCUGGUUCACAAAAUGAUCCAUUUGGUGGUGGUAGCGGAGGAGGUGGUUUCGCUGAUUUUGCUGAUUUUGAUGCUAAGUUUUCUAAGCAAACCGCAGCAUCAGUGCCUCAAAAACCACCACCGCCAUCAAUUACAUUACCCAAAACAACAAAAUUGGAAUUCACUGAUGAUCCAUUUCGUGAUUACCGUUAUGAGGAUCCAUUCAACAUUGCUGACCCAUUUGAUGACGAUACAACCGGUUCCAGUUCAACACUCACUGACGAUAUCAAAAAUUCCAACCUCAAAGUUGAUGCAUUCGGUUUUGCUGGUGGUGCCAUCUCAACAACGUCAUCAGAUGUGUUUACAACCGAUUUUGAAAAUGACAUUAAAUCAGCUGAAACAAUUCCAUUACGAAAAACAAAAGAUGGACGAACAUCGGUGCCAUUAUUCAGUAGUAGUACCAAUGAUUUUCAAAAUGCAUUUAACAAUAAUAAUAUAAACGGACGUUCCUCUGCGCAAGAUCCGUUCUUUGCAUCUGGUGAUAAUAGUUUUAAUAAUAAUAAUGUUAAUAAAAAAACAGUUAUUAGUGAAGAUCAACAAUUAGCAUGGGCUGCAGCGGAAAGUUUAAAAGCUGAGGAAGAACGUAAACGUCGACAAGAACAAGAACAAGCUGAUUUAGAAUAUGCACUUGCGUUGAGUAAAGCUGAAGCAAAAUCGUAAAAUAAGUGCUGGGGGAUGGGGGAUGAUAUGUGUUCAAUUUACAUAAAUAAUUGUUAAAAUAUUUAAAGAUAACUAAAACGGAAAAGUAGAUUUGUUUUUUUGUUUUUCUUUUUAAAAAAUGUAUUUAUAAUGCCAUCUAUUAAUUUGUUUUACAAUUAUUAAAAUAAAAUAUUUAUCACACAUAUCGUUUAGAAAAAACAAAUUUGUUACACAUAAUAAUGGUAGAUUUUAGUUCACAUGUAUGCCCGUUUAGUAGAAAAAAGGCUUCGAAAAGAAGAUAAGUUUUUUGUAAUGAUUUAAAAAAAAUUCCCCCAUAUACUACAACUAGCUGUAGUUAGGUUUUUCACGAUGCAUCCAGGCGAAAGUAAAUCCAUUUAAUAACUAAUAAUCAUGGGGUACAUGCAUGAUUAAAAAAAAAGUAUAUAAUACAAAAUAUUCCGAACUUUAGCCUAAAAAAGGAUCACUAAAAAGGGUUAAUCAAUAACCGUUCAUAUCAAAUUAUUAAGAUUAACUCUAAAUUAGUCAGAUAAUUUUCAGUUAACUCAGUUUCACAAAACUGAGACAAAAUAGAUAAGUGGCCUACAGUCUGGCCAGUAUUCUGAAUUUGUUACGAAAUUCUGACAUGCUUAAAAGUUCGGGAAUCUAAAAUAAAUAAAAUUAUUGUAUAUCUUAAUUUUAAUGACCUGAUUUCUGAAUUUUUGCUUGGAUGAAAAUUUUGCUAUGAACUCAAGAUAAUACGAUUUAUUAUUGAUACAAAUGACGGUCAAAUCGAAUUUUUAACAUAGAGAAAAUUCAAACCACUUCGAAGUCAGUAUAAGUAGAAAAUAUCAGAUUACACUAGAAUUGUUAAAAAUUUGGUGUGCGAUGAAAAUAGGUCGUAACUUGUGAUCUUCUUUUUUGGGCUAAAUAUAGAUUUAUAAAAAUUUUAAUCGAGUUUAAUUUACAUGCAUGUACACCUAUUAAGCAAAAGUUGCUUUUAAUGUUUUUGCGUGUUUUUCAAAUGUGUUCAAAAUCAAAGAAUGUGCUGUUUAUUUUAAAAUUAAAUUAUUUUACUAAUCUAUUAUCAUUAGCGGUGCAUUAAAAUGUUUUUUGAACAGAAAAUGCUUUUUGCAACGAUAUCGAAUCGUUUAAACUACUCACUGUUGCCAUACUUCUAUUCAAUUUAUCGUUGCACAAAUUUUGUUACCAAUCAAGUGUUUUU